GUCCUGAAAAUCACACCAUCUCAUGAUCACGUCGAUUUUGCUAUUGCGCGAAAGUAUAUCGGCCAGCUGCUAUCCGACGAAGAUGUCAGUCGUCGCUGUAUCAAUGAUUCGGGUUGCCUUGUGAACGCGUCGGAUUUCAAUGGAUUAGAUCGCUUUGAAGCACGCAUUAAGAUUAUUUCGAGGUUAUGUGAUAACGGGAAAUAUGGUGGUACCAUGCCGUUUCCUGAGCAGCAGUUAAAGAUAUGCGGUCGAACUGGUGAUCUUAUCGAGCCAGUUCUCAAAAAGCAAUGGUUUGUGGACUGCGUGGCUAUGAAUGAUACUGCGCUUGCAGCUUUAGAAGAAGGCACUAUUACGGUAUUGCCAAGAUCAAUGCAGAUACAUUUGGAAAACUGGUUAAAUCGGAAGGAGCCGUGGUGCAUAAGCAGACAACUGGAUUGGGGCCAACGCAUUCCUGCAUUCCGUCCACAUUCAUCAGAUAGGUAUGUUAGGCUGUUUUCUCGUGGAGAAUCUGUAAAUUUGGGAUUUGGAUUUCCAGGUUGGCCAGAUAGACGAAUAAACCGAGUCCCAUUAUCCGUCUUGGAAACUGGAUUUGAUAUUGCUGGUUUCUGGGUGGCGCGAAUGCUAACUGUUUGCCACAGCUUGACGGGCUUUUUUCCUUUCACCAAAGUUCUGUUGCAUGGAUUGGUGCGCGAUGACGAGGGGAAGAAAAUGAGUAAGUCGUUGGGGAAUGUGAUUGAUCCGCUUGAUAUUAUCGAUGGCGUUUCGUCCCAGACUAUGCUGCAACGUCUCGAUGAGAACGCUUUCCAAGGAGUGGAAAAAAGGAAGGCAGCCAUUUCGCUGAAGGCUCGUUUUCCUGAGGGAAUUCGUCGAUGUGGUCCAGACGCUUUACGUUUUGCUUUGCUCCGACAUGAUGCUUCGGCCACGGAUAUCAAUAUUGAUAUUGUUCAGGAAGCGAGUGAAGGUUUGAGGUUUUGCAACAAACUGUGGAAUCUUUGUAACUAUGCUGGAGAUGUCUGGGACAAUGUCGAGGGGGAAGUUGUUGAAGCGGCCAGCAGCGAUCGUAUUGAAGAUCGUUGGAUAAAAAGUCGUCUGAAAAGUACUUUUUUGGUGUUGAUGGAGAAAAUGGGAUCGGAUCGACCCCACUUAGCUUUUGCUGCCAUGUAUAAAUUUCUGUGGAACGAUUUGUGCGAUGUUUAUCUGGAAACAACGAAGAAGGCGCUUUGGGCAAAAGAUCGCGAGCGGCUAAACGUGGUAGCGGGUAUUUUGCAUGAAGUUCUUGAAAAAUCCUUGGUCCGGCUAUCAAUUUUCAUGCCAUUUGUUAGCGAAUACCUUUUCGAUCGAAUUAAGCGGAAAAAAGAAAGAAAUCUGUACGAUUUGUGUUUAACAGAGAAGACGAUGGAUGCUUUUACAAUCGACAACGAACUAGAGAAAGAAAUGCAUUCUGUGCUUGAAAUUAUCAAAACAGUUAGAUCCCUACGCGUCCUUUUUCAGCUUUCCAGAAGGGAUACUUUACAAGUUGCUUGCCAGCCGGAUGCUUUCGAUUUGAAGAGGUUUCAGCAUGUAAUUCAGGAUUUGUGCAAUGUUACUCUCUUAUCCACUGUACCAAAAAUCAGUUCAUGUGGCAGAUUUGUGCCGUUUCCUGUGCAUGGAUAUUCGACGAAAAUUUUUGUCGCACUUGAGGUAGCGUUUGCUGACGGAUGUUUGAUGCCGUGUGUCCGUGGCGAUUAUGAGGCUCAAAUAAAGGAAAAACUGAAUAACCAGCUGCAAAGUGCACAAAGCCGGAAAGAUCAGUUCCUGUGCCGGAUCAAAAAACAUGAAAUGUUGGCGAAAAACUGUGAGAGGAAAGAUCUGCUGGAUAAGCAUGAGCGUAGAAUCACACAGGUAUUUCAAAAAAUAUUGCCUUUAUGA